CGCUACCUGUAGAUUCUAUCACUAGCGCUUAAAUUAGGAUAUGGGGUGAUUGGUAUAUGCCCGAAAGAGGGGGUGGAUUCCUUACUUAGGUUAGCUUUUGGAACUAAUUAGCGCGCCAACGACGGCGUGAAGCAUUCUUCUCAUGCACGGCUUGCGCUUGUGGCGAGAUCGGGGCGGCGUGUUCAGUCGCAGGAGUUGCAUUGGAUUCGUUUGCACAGAGGGGCAUAAAUUGGAGCUGUGGGGUGCAAUGUCGUGUUUUGUUUUGUUUUCUGUAUGAGAUUACAGAUCGGGAAGGGCUGCUUCCUGUGUGUUUGAGGCAGCCGAGGGCGUGAUGGUGGUGAUGACGACGGGGACUGUGGAGAGGCCGGAGGCGGAGUACGUGGUGGGAGGGGUGACGCUCUGCAAGGAGCAGUUGGCGGAGCUGAAGGAAAUCUUCGCGCGGUUCGAUAGAGACCAGGAUGGCAGCAUUACCGAACUGGAGCUUGGAUUGAUGUUGCGGAGCCUGGGGUUGAAGCCUGAGGGGCACCAACUGGAGGCACUACUGCAACGGGCUGACACGAACUCAAACGGAAUGAUUGAAUUCGCAGAGUUCGUCUCGUUGAUGGGCCCGGAGUUGGUGAAGGCGGUGGUGUAUAGUGAUAAGGAGUUGCUUACCGUUUUUCGAGCUUUCGAUCGAGAUGGGAAUGGGUUUAUCACAGCAGCGGAGCUUGCGCACUCAAUGGCAAAGCUCGGGCAGACCUUGUCUGUGACGGAACUAAGGACUAUGAUUCGGGAGGCCGACUCAGAUGGCGAUGGAAGGAUCAGCUUUUCUGAGUUUUCCGCCGCGAUGACGUGCGCGUCAAGACUGGAUGUUCAUGUCUGAGUCUUCUUGCCCGUCAUGCUCGCGUGGUCCUUGUACAAUAGACGUUAGUGACCCAAUGAUUCGGGCUGUUAGUUUGAUAGAGAAUACGGACACCUUGAGAUUUUGCUUAACUCGGUGUUCAGGCACGAAAUUUGCCUCUUACGCUAUUUCAUACCUUUGUGAUCAUAUCACUAUAACCAUUAGGAUGCCUUGUGUAAUAUUUAACUUGUACCACAACCAGAUGACUGUUCAACCCCCACCUUUUCUUACAUUAUUUGAUUAAAAAAAAGCCCGUAACUGGUGAAGUUUGAGAUC